GUCUGCAGCAGCAACGCAUUUUGACCACGGCUGUGAUUGCAACACCUUGUCGAAGUCUUCAGUGCAAGAUGAACGGUUUUUAUGUGAUAGUGUCUAUACCUAUACUAUUGGUGCUAGCCGGAUUUAACCACGCUCACGGACUUACAACUUUCGGAAAAUCAAAUGGCCAAGGCCAGGGAAACACCGCUCAACAAUCAGCUGUUCAAGGACGACAUUGUACAACCCAAGCCAACUGUACAUUUAUAAAGGGAACUACCUGCCUGAGGAACUAUUGCUUAUGUGGAGACAAUACCAAUCCAGCUAAUGGCAUAUGCAGCGCUACAAGGAAAGGGGUGGGUCAUAUGUGCACGAAAGACGAAGAAUGUGUGGACAGGGCGAUAUGCCAAGACCCGGAAGAAAAACCUAAGGAGAAUAAUCCCCCAUCCCUUACAUUUAAAACUUGCCAGUGUCUGGAAAAUUUAACACCAACGCCAAGAGGAACAUGCAGUGGUGGAACGAAUUUGGCCGUUAUACCAGGACUUCUACUUACCGUACUCUCUUUGGUCCUCGCAAAGGUCUACUGAAACAUCCAAGACGUAUACUUUGCACCAAAUAUGCACCAAUAGAUCGGAAUAUUUGCAUUUUAAUAUAACAAACACAUUUAUAGCUUAAUUUUUGUUACCGACAAUAUUUACCCUAUAUUAAAAAUGAUCGUUGUUCUAGAAUGUGUCAAAAUUAUUGUAAAAUUGUUUGAAUUCAUAGUUUUAUACAGGUAAAUUUUAUUAUUGUUGCACGUUAUCGUAAAUUUUAUCUACGUUAUGAUGUCGAAUGUAUUUGAGGAAUGAACACGACAGAACUUGUAGUAAAAAUCAACGCGCAUAGCAAAGUAUUUCCAAAAUAUUAAACUAUUAUUAUAUCGAAAUAUUCUAUUACUAAAUUAUUUCUUGCUCUGCUGCAAAAUUUUCUCUAAUAAAUAACACGAAAAAACUCUUUCCUGUUCAUUCUUAAGUGUUGAUACGAAUCUUUGGUGCAUUAAAAGUACAAGUAGGUUGAUAAUAAACUAGUGUUUGUAACCUUCUUAUUUUACAUUGUCACAAACAUCUAUUUGCACCUUUUAGUAAUAUUUGUAUAUUUCACAGUUCAUGUGCACUAUUCAAAAAUAAAUCCAAUUACAAUAUGAUAAAAGUAAAUUUAUUGU